AUGAUCAUUUUGCCUCAGCUGACUCCAGAAGAAGAGUGGCACAUUUCAAGAGGAAAGGAAGUCAAACCUUCAGCAGAGGACUUGGGUGAUAAGAAAGAAGGAGACUACAUUAAACUCAAAGUCAUUGGGCAGGACAGCAGCGAAAUCCACUUCAAGGUGAAAAUGACAACGCAUCUAAAAAAACUUAAAGAAUCGUACUGUCAGAGACAGGGAGUUCCAAUGAAUUCACUCAGGUUCCUCUUUGAGGGUCAGAGAAUUACUGAUAAUCAUACUCCAAAAGAGCUCGGGAUGGAAGAAGAAGACGUGAUUGAGGUUUAUCAGGAACAGACGGGAGGCCAUUCAACAAUUUAGGCUGUUUGCUUCCUCUCCCCCCUCCCCUUUUUUCCCUUUGAUCCUUUUUUAUUUUUAAAUAAUAGUUCUUUUUGUAAUGUGGCAUAUAACACUGAAUUGAAAGCGACCCCCCCCCCCACUCCCCGAACCGGGGUUUUAUUUCCCAAGUGUCUGUUCUGAAUCCUCGUACUCAUCACCCACCUCUCAUUUGUCUCCGUAGUGCUGAACUCUUGUGAUCCUGCUGCAGUUGUACUUCCCCUGUUUUCCCCCGUCUCCUCUUUAGAAAUACACCCACCCACACAAGCGUUUGUGUGUUUUCAAGCACGUUAACAGAUCGGCUCGAUGCGCAGAAGGGUACCUAAUCACUUCCGCAUUUGCCCCAAAGUUUUGAUGCGACUUCUAUUCGUGGAUUUUAAGUCACAAAGGAGAUGGAAGUUCUUCUGAAAUCUACACAAGGAGGAAAGAACGUGUCCUCAGAUUCAGAACUGUUUUCUGUAGCUUUUGCCGAUAGCCUAGAACAGAGAAGUAUCCCAAAUGUUGACGGGGAAAUGUAGGGCUUUCUCCCCCCCCCCCUUUCUGGUAAUAUAAAUUCAAGAUGCUUUUGUCGGAAACAACGUGAAAGAGUCUGCUGAUUUUGCAUCCACAGAAGAGCCUACGAGAGGUCGAAUUUAUAGCAGUUAAUAUGUCACUUUUAUGGGAUAAGAAUUGAUAAUGAUUUGUAUGUUACAAUUUUUGGCCCGGGAUGUGGGUUUUUAAUGGCUGCUGACUGUACCAGCUUCUCAUAAAUAAAACAAAUAUGUAAAGAG